AUGACUACAACAUCAUCUAGUCGUCGUAUAAGUGGACGAGGUGAAUCAAGCACUAUUCCAACACCACGAAUUCAUUCAUCUAUUGAUACAAGUCCUAAAACAUCGAAUCUAUUAAAUAAUUCAACUUCAAAUACACGACGAUCAAGAAAAUCAAUUGACAAUAAAAUUCUUUAUCCAAAUAACAUCAUUCUUGAGCCUCAAUCAAAUAACAAAAAUAUUAAUUAUUAUAUUCCACCUAUAUCUGAUAUAUCACUUAAUGAAUCUGAACAAAAAAUUAAAACAAAAUAUACUGAAUUAUUAAUAAAUUUUUUUGAAACUCAUCAACCAUCAUAUAUAUUUGAACCACUUCGAAAAGAAUAUUAUUGGACCAAUGAACCAUUUAAUGAAGAUAAAACUACUCGACUUGAUAACAGACUUCUUCAUAGUACAUCUUAUUUUGUUCAAAGUAUCUUUUGGUAUUUACGUAUACUAUUAGCAAUAUGUGUUACAAUACCAAUUGAAAUUAUUCAUACUAUACUUGCUGGUUUAAUUAAACCAAUUCUUAUACGUGUACCAAUCAUUAUUUCUGAUACUUUAAUUAAACCAUUUUAUUCAGGUCUUUUUAAUUCUUUUAUUUUACCAAUUGGUAUUCUUCUAUGGAAUACAAGUGAUCUUUUUGCUAAAACAUUUGAACCAUUCAUUCAUCUUUUUACUCUUUUAUUUGAACCAUGUAUUGAUUGUUUUCGAUCUAUUCGACUAUCAUCACUAAAACAAAACAAUGAACAACAAUUAGAUAAUGGUGAUGGCUAUCAUCAUAUAGGACAGAAAAAAUCAACAUUAUGUGUUUAA